UCUUUUGGGAAGCAGAAACUGUCACGAUGUCAGAUCCUUAUGCGUAGGCCCGCGCGAUAGUACUAGUUACUGAACGAUUUGUACUGGUUGUGGUCUUGAACUGUUCAUGGAGACACAUUUUCCAUUUGAUGCCUUCGCCGAUCAUGCGUUGGGUAGGCUAUAUAUAGCAGCGACUUCCACAAGGUAGCUCAAGCACUCUUUGUCUAGUGAAAACAACUGCCCAAGUCUUGAAGGUUUUCCUGCUCUUGAUUAGCUGCAAGAUGUCGCAGAGGCAAGGCAGGCACCAGAGGAGGGCGUCGCAGAGCGUGUUCGUGCUGCCGGAGAACUUCUCCCUGGAGGACGUACCGGCGGCCGUGGCCGAGGGAGGCGUCGAGCAGAGGAAGCCCGCGGCAGCGGACACCUCCGACCUGCAGGCGGCGAGGCAGGCGGGGCGCCACCGGCGGGCCAUGUCCAUGGCCGUGGCCUCCAGGGAUCUGGAGAUGAUUUCAGAGAACAUUGGAAGCUACAAGUACGGGGAGUAGACCACGGUGGUUCUCGGGCCGUUAGGUGCAGAAGGAAGUGGCGGUAUUUCGAUCGAGUCUGGUGUCCUGUUCUGUCCUGUCAUUGUUCGUGCUGUAUUGAUGCUUCUUCUACCAAUUUGUACCUGUCUUCUUGAUCUAGAAGUAAAUAAAAAAAUCUUCCGCUUUA